AUGUCGACUCAAGCUGAACAAUUGAAGGAACUCACCGUUGUCGUGGCGGAUACCGGAGAUGUGGAAGCUAUCAAGCGUUUGAAGCCUCAAGAUGCCACCACGAACCCUUCCUUGAUCUACAAGGCCGCCACCAUGAGCCAAUAUGCCAAGUUGGUGGAUGACGCCGUCGCUUAUGGAAAGGGAGAUGUCGCCACUGUCAUGGACAAAUUGGCGGUCAACUUUGGAGCCGAGAUCACCAAGAUUGUUCCAGGCUACGUGUCUACCGAAGUGGAUGCUCGAUUGUCUUUUGAUACCGAUGCAACCCUCGAAAAGGCCCGUCGCAUCAUCGAACUCUACAAGGAAGUGGGAAUUGACAAGAGCCGAAUCCUCGUCAAGAUCGCCGCGACUUGGGAAGGAAUCAAGGCCGCCGAAAUUUUGGAGAAGGAAGGAAUCACCUGCAACCUUACCUUGAUCUUCUCCAAGAGUCAAGCCAUUGCUUGUGCCGAAGCUGGGUGUACCUUGAUCUCGCCCUUUGUUGGUCGUAUCAUGGACUGGCACAAAAAGUCCCAGGGUGUCGACGGAUUCGAGGCAAAGGACGACCCUGGAGUCAAAUCCGUCACGGAAAUUUACAACUAUUUCAAGAAGCACGGAUACAACACCAUCGUCAUGGGCGCCUCCUUUCGAAACACGGGAGAAAUUGUCGAAUUGGCCGGAUGCGAUCGUCUCACCAUUUCCCCGGCCUUGCUCGACCAGCUUGCCGAGUCCAAGGACAAAGUCGAGGCUAAACUCGAUACCGAAAAGGCCAUCACCAUGGAUAUCCCCAAGAUUGUAAUGAACGAGAAGGUCUUCCGUUGGGAAAUGAACGAGGAUCCCAUGGCUACGGAGAAACUCGCAGAGGGAAUCCGAAACUUUGCCAAGGAUAUUGUCAAACUAGAGGAGAUUGUCAAGGACAAAAUGAAAGCUUAA